CUUAUGAAGGUGUCGUGGAUUAUGUUUAUUGUUAAUAGUAAAGCUGAUUGACUGACAGCUGGUCAGGAAGAGAUUGAGUGUGACAGCCAGACGAGGAGAAUUCUAGGAAGAGGAAGGGCAGAGUCAGGAGCACCAGCCAGUUGCUGAGGAAGCAAGACAUAGAGAAAUGAAGUAACAAGCCAUGAACCAGAUAAGAAAUAUGGGUUGAUUUAAAUGUAAGAGCUAACUAGUAAUAAGCCUGAGCCAUCAGCCAAACAUUUAUAAUUAAUUUAUAAUUAAACAGCUGCAGGACAGGGUGGGACAGAGAAAAGCCUCUGGUUAAAUGAAGGCAUUUUCUUAAUUGAGAAUCGUUCUUCCCAAAUGACUCUAGCAUGUUUCAAGUUGACAUAAAACUAGCCAGCACAGUGAGAUUACAGUGGAAUUCUUUUUUUUUCUCUCUCUCUCUUUUUGAGGCAGUCUAGCUAUGUAGCCAAGGCUGUUCUUGAACACUGAGCCUCCUGAGUGCUACAAUUACCAACAUGAAUCAAUAUAUCUCACUCCAAAGUGGAAUUCUUAAAAUGGUUCAAGGGUCUAGUCCCAAGGUAAGAUGGUAAAUUAGAAAUUUGCUACAUUUUAUAAGCUUUCAAAGAACAUUUCAAAAUCUUUGCACUAAUUGCCUAUAUUAACAAAAACAUUUGAAUAAAUUAUAAGAUUCGAAUACAAUAUAAAUUUAUAUUCAUUACAUAGAAUAAAGUAGAUUGGUAUCAGUUGACUUUGUGUUUCAAGUGUUUCUUAGCUAGGCUAUAGUAAAUCCACUGUAAUAAAUGAACAGGAAAAUGAACUAAUGGCACAUGUCUGUAUAUGUUUAAAUGCUGAACUUAUUUUAUUAACAUGCACAAAAGUUGGAAAAUAAAAAAAUUAUGAGUUUAGCGUGUUCAGAUUUUAUUAUUGUUUGGGUGAAACAAUCAGCUGCUGGGUAAGCCAUGAGAAAAGAUGCAAAGAUAAUUAUGAUUUUGAAAUCAUGCCUAUUUUGAAUCCACUAUAAUGCUUGGGUUUAAGGAUAUUUAUUGGGGUUGGGGAUUUAGCUCAGUGGUAGAGUGCUUGCCUAACAAGCGCAAGGCCCUGGGUUCAGUCCUCAGCUCUGGAAAAAAAAAAGAUGGCUUCUUCCAAGGUUAUUUAUUGUCCUUAUAUUCCAUAGCAAUUUAUCAUGAAUGUAUAAGAAGAUAAAUAAUAGAGUAUCUUCCUUGUGUGAAUGGGGAAAAUGAGAUGUUUCCUCCAUUUGAUUCUAUGAAUGAGAAGAGUCUGGAUAACAAAGGAGACUAUAUCAAGGACAUAAAGAAAAAAGAACAUACAGAAUCCAGAAUGAGGAGACCAGACAGCUAAAAUGCAUGGAGAAAGUGAAAGGAGAUAAAGAGCAAAGUGGAAAUAUCUCACAGCUCCAAUCCCAGCACUUCUUGGGGAGAGGAAACCAAAUCUUCAGCACAAAGUCAGUCAGGCAGCCUUUGUAACAAACAUCAGGUUGACAGUUCCAGCCAGAACAAACACCCAUGCUUGUCACAAGCUUUCAAUACGGUGGAGUGAUUUGGUCUGACAGUGACGUGGGCUGCAUGGCACAACGGUGCUAGAAACGAAAUCCACUGCAUGGCUUUUUUCAUCCUGGAGCACUAGAGCUGGGAAUGCCUGUGAAGGCUUUGCCAGAGCCUCGACAGACAGGAGGAGGCUCACCUGUGUAUGGGUAGCGUAAGCCCAUGUGCAGGGAUCCAAGACUGAAAGAAAAGGGACCAAGCCUAGCGAGCAUCCCUGUUAUCACCGUCUGUUUCUGACUGCCAACACAAUGCAAGGCACUGAUGGUUUUCUCACCACGGCAGACUGUAUUUGCUGAAUCGGUGAGCCAAAAUAAAUCCUCCACAAGUUGACUUUUUCUCAUUUUUUAUUUUUUUAUCACUCUUCUUACAUUUCUCUAAUUUAUUCACAUAAUUAUCUUUAUUUUCUAACUGGACUUUUAAACAAUUUUCAUGUUUUCCUCUUCCUCACAUUAUUUUUCUUCUUUUUUUCUCAUUUAUUCUUCUCUCAUACAUUACAUCCCGACUGCGGCUUCCCCUCCCGUCUCCCCCAGAUCCACUGCUCCUCCGUUUCACUUCAGAAAAGAGCAGGCCUCCCAGGGACAUCAACCUAACAUGGCACAAACAGAUACAAAGGUUUGUACAAAGGCACAAACCUUCACAUCGAGGCUGAGCGAGGAAACCCAGGAGAAUGAUAAUGGUCCCGAGAGCAGGAAAAAGAGUCAGAGACACCCCAACUCCCAAUGUCAGGAGUCCCACAAAACCCCCAAGCUAAACAACCACAACACAGAUGCAGAGGACCUAGAACAGACCCAUGCAGACUCUGUGGUUGCCACCUCAGGCUCUGUGGUUGCCACCUCACUCUCGGGGAGCCCGUGUGCCCUGCUUACUUGAUUCCACGGGCAGUGUUCUCCCAGUGUCCUCCUCAACCCCUCUGGCUCCCACAAUUCCUUCUCCCCCUCUUCCAGUUUCUUCUUUUAAAUUACAGUUUUGGAGGAGGGUGGGGGACACAGCAUGCUACAGCUGGUUCUCACCUUCCACCAUGUGGGUUGUGGCGGUUGAACUCAGGUUCUCAGACUUGGCAGCAGACACCUUUACCCACUCAGCCAUCUUGCAGGCCUUCUUUAUCUUUGGCCUCGAUUCUUUCUUUUUUCUCUUCCCUUGCCCCUUUAUUUCAUAUUGUUUUUAAAGAUUUGUUUAUUUAUUAUGUAUACAGUGUUCUGCCUGCAUGCAUUCCUGCAGGCCAGAAGAGGGCACCAGAUCUCAUUACAGAUAGUUGUGAGCCACCAUGUGGUUGCUGGGAAUUGAACUCAGGUGCUCUUAACCUCUGAGCCAUCUCUCCAGCCCUCAUAUUUAUUUUUGACUUCAUAAUUUAGUCUACAUUACCACUUUAUAUUCAUCUGAGGGGAUAAAUAUUCAGAAUAGAUAAUGAACUAAAAAAAUAUUAAACACCAAAGUAACAAAUAAUGGGCAAAUGAACUAAAUAGAUAGUUCUUGAAAGAAGUACAAAUGACCAAUACAUAUACAAAAAAUGUUCAACAAUUUUUUGAGACAGGGUCUCAACUAUACAAUUUUCACCCUGGCUUGCUUGGAUCUCACUAUGUAGACCAGGUUGUUCUCAAACUUACAGAUUUGCCUUUUGCCUCCCAAGUGCUAGGAUGAAAGGCAUGCAACACCAUGUCCAAGCCUGGUCAACAUUUUCUGAUAUCAAGGAAAUGUAUGCUAGGAUUGGGACAAAUAGAAUUCUUCAUUUGCAUGGGCUACCAUGAUUGGUACAAACAUCGUCAACUCCAGCAGGGACUAUUGUGAUGGAUAGAAAUGUGAUCCUCCAUUUCCAUGGAAGACCCUGCCAUGAUUGGACAAACACAGAUCUUAAUUUGAAUGACUACUAUUUUUGCUGCAAGUGUGUUCCCUCAUUUGCAUGGAAGGAGUGCAAGGAACUAUGCCAUGAUCUGUGCAAAUAAAAGUCCUCAUUUACAUCAGGAGCUGCUUUGAUUAGUGCAAAUGCUAUCUCUCAUUUGCUUGAGGGACCAUGCCAUGAUUGGUACAAGCACACGCCUUCACUUGAAUGAGUUGUUAUUCUUGGGUCAAGCACGGUCCUUCAUAGGCAUGGGGGUCUACUGUGCUCACAAUAGAACCUUUGCCACAGCUACACCCAUUUCUGAUUAUAUAAGCAAGCUGUUGGGUUCACUUCAUGACCUCUCUGGUAGAUACCCUGUUAUGCUGUGUUGUAGCACUGAGACCAAAUUAAAAGACUUCUCACAACUCUCCCUUUGCCCUUUAUCAUUAAUAUACUGAGCUGUGUUGGUAAACACAAAGAAAGGAAGGCAGCAAUAGUAGUGAAGGUGGCAAAAGCCACUGCCCUGCUAGCAGCAGCAAGCACAGGCGCAGUAGAAACUACAUGGCAGAUGAAGAGCUGAAGAGUAUGGCUAGAGUAGAGAUAACGGGGAGCGGAAGCAAUAGAGAAGACAAGAGCCAUGGAGAGCUGUAAAACCUGAAGCUGCCCAUGGCUUGGGGACCCUGACACUGCAGGUCUAAGAGCUGUAACCCUUGGCACUCUCACCCCGAGGGGCGAGCCCAGCUCCUGAAGCCUGUAUAAAAGCUAUAACAUGAAAGUACCAGCUGCUGCUGCUCCUCGUUACUGUCUGGUGACACUAACUGCUGCUGGAAUCAAAUGAAUACAAUCGCUGCCAUUUGCCAGGACCGCGGGUAUCGAAAGCCCAGAGCAAUAACUCUCUGUAUCAAUUUUCUGUUGCUGUGGUAAACUGCCAUAACUAAAAGCAACUUGAAGAAGAAAAGGUUUAUUUUAGCUAAUGCUUCCAGAGGUAAAGACUCCGUGAAAGCAGGGAAUGCAUGGCGUGACAGCAAGAGCAGAAAGCAGAGACCACAUGCUCUUCCACACACACACAAAGCAGAGAGAGAACAGUAAGUGGGAGGAGGCUAUAAGCCUUCAAAGCCUGUCCCCAGUGAGUACUUCCCCCAGAAAGGCGCCACCUCCUAAAGGUUCCAUAACCUCCCCAAACAGUGCCACCUACUGUUCAAAAUCCAUGAGUUACUGGGGGAUGUUUCUUUAAAUUACUUUAAAUCAAGACUUGGAUAAUACAAUCUAUUUUGGUCAUUUGAUUCUUCUUGCAGUAAACAAACCCACCUCUUCCACGCCAUGCUGGGAUUUUGUCCGACUUGAGAUUUCACAGGUCUGUACGUGCUGUCAAAAUUGCUGUUAAGUUCAGACAUGCAACUGCUCUGUCGUGUUUGGAAAAGGUUGUCUCCUUGUACUCAUUCACUGCCUCUGGCUCUUACAGUCUUUCCACACCCUCUUCCAUGAAGCUUCCAUGGAGGGAGGAGUGUGUUACAGAUGUCACAUCUAGAGCUAAGCACUCUGCAAUCUCUUGUUCUCUGAAUGUUGACCCGUUUGUGGGUCUCUAUUAACUACUGUCUUUUCUAAGAAUAUUCUUUGAUGAAGGUCAUUAGGAGUUGCUUUAAUACUGUGUCCUUUUAACGAACUAAUGGUAGUUGGUUCUCCCCUAGAGCCUAUGGCCUAUCUAGAAACAGGUUCUUAGCUCUGAUAAUGGUACCAAGUAUAGGUCCCAUCUCAUGGCCUGGGCCUGAAAUUCAGAGAGUGAUUGGAUACUCCCAUAUCAUUUGUACCAUGUUUGCAGCUAUAUAAGACUGAUGACUUUUCUCCUCCAGUAGCAUACAAGGUACCUUCCAGUACUAUGGAAGCUAUCUAGUAGGGAUGAAGCUUCCAGGUCAGCUUGAUUUCUCCAUAUUCCAUCACUCAGGUAUGUGGUAUCUUUACUAGGAGAGUCUUUAAAAAUAUCUAUUAAAGAUUUUUAUAUGUGCUUUGCUUGCAUAUGUGGGCCUGGUGCCCAGGGAGGCCAGAAGAGGGUGUUAGAUCACCUGGAACUGGAGUUACAAAUGGUUGUGAGCCACCAAGUUAAUACUUGGGACUGAACCUGGGUCCUCUACAAGAACAUGAUUUUAACCACUGAGCCAUCUCUCCAGUCCCGGCAAUAGAGUCUUAUAAUCAAAUUAUGGAGUGUUGGCAUAGCCUGUAAUGUGUGGAGAUCUAUGAUACCCCACUGGCCAACAACUCAAAAAGAACUAACCCAUUCCUAGUACUGGGAUUGUUAUUUGCUAGCAUGUGGUAUCUAGCUGUGGUAUUGUGAAGGACAUUUCUUAUUCAAACCACCACAGCCUCAAGCCAAAGUGACUAUAACCAUAGAUCUUUAGUUCUAAAACAUCAAGCAAUAGAUAGACCUCUAGAUAUCAGGCGUAAUCAAACACCACGACCAAAACAACUUGGGGGAAAAAAGGCUUUAUUGGCUUAUACUUCCAUAUCACUGUUCAUCAUUGAAGAAAGUCAGAACAGGAACUCAAACAGGGCAGGAACUUCAAGGCAAGAGCUUAUGUAGAGACCAUGGAGGAGUGUUGCUUAUAGCUUGCUUCUCAUAGCUUGCUCAGCCUGCUUUCUUACAGAACCCAGGACCACCAGCCCAGGGAUGACCCCACCCACAGUGGGCUGGGCCCUUCCCAUCAAUAACUAAUUAAGAAAAUGCCCUACAACUGGAUCUUAUGGAGGCAUUUUCUCAAUUCAGGUCCCCUCCUUUCUGAUGACUCUAGUUUGUGUCAAAUUGACAUAAAACUAGCCAGCACACUAAGGAAGACUAAGUAUGGAAAAGUAUGGACAGAUGAAAUAGAGGCCCAGAGCAGAGGCAGCCCCUCUAGAACCUUGAGUCUCACACAAUCUGUGGAAUACCUAACCUAAUACACAGACUAGGAAGCCAGACUGCCUAGGUUUGAGUUUUAGCCUUACCACUGGCUGGAGAGCCUUUGUCAAUCUCCCUAAGCUCUGUGUGAGCCUCAUCUCUUAACAGUAGGAAUGACGGCCCUUUCUUCGUCAUGUUGCAAUGAAGAUUAAAUGAGUUAAUAUGAACAAAGUACUUAAAGAAGCCCAGUGAAUUCUAUACGUACUUUUAAAAGGAAACCUAUAAUGAAUAAAAAUUCAUUUGGUAAUUAUCUGUAAUCACACAAGAAAAGGGGAUGUGUUUGGUUCCUAAGAACGAAGAAGUGGUUACCACGGAUAUGCUAGAACCUUGACAAGCUAUUGUUAGAACAUUGCCUACCCUUUAAGUGGACAAGUGGGCUGUAUUAAUCUAUCCAGAAGGCUAAAAAGCUCAACAAAUCUUUCUGAAACUCAACACAGUUAACAUUUUUCAGCCCAAAACUCAACUUGUUAUCAGAUAAAUAAUUAACCAUCUCAAGGUAAGCCAAAUACACAGAUCUCUUCACUUUAUGGGAAUUUAUAAGCUUAACUUUAGGUGAUUUCACUCCAGGCUAUGUAGAGGAGGCACUGGACAUAAUAGCAUCCAUAAUUGUCUAAUAGCUUGGGUCUCUCACACACAGCCUGUCAGAUUCAAUACUCUGAAGCCAUACUGCCUAGCUUUGAAUUGUGGUCAUCCCACCUACCCUUCUUCCCUCAGAAAGGAAGAACUUGUACAGUGCCAAACUGGACAAACAGAGACUAAGGUCAAGCUAAGAAGCUCUGAAAAUGAUUAAGGUAUAAGAAUGGCAAUCCAGAUUUUCUUUUAUUAAUGAAAGUGGGAAAGGUGAGGGGAAGAGAGAAAAGGGUCAUGGUGGAUGAGUAAAAUCAAAGUAUAUUAUUUACAUAUUCUAAAGUAUGCUAAUGAAACUCAUUAUUGUGUACAAUUAAUGUACACUAAUAAAUGUACUAAAAAGUAAAUUGACAUGAAGAUAUUACCAACCUUAUCUCAAAGGGAGACAGCCAUCAGGGAAUCAAGACAACUAGGUUCUGUCCUUUCAGGCUCUGGGUCUUAUUAGCUUCAUGAGCAAGACUAGAGUAAGGGUGUUGUUUUGAUAACAGGCCAUAUAUAUGGCUUCUUUUUUUGUCUGAUGCAAGCCAUUCUCCAGUAGAUCUUUAGGGAAGCCAAUUUCCUAAACAGUGAACUGUACUCGAAGACAAGCUAUAAAAUGUGAGUCUCUGAAAAUAACAAUGCUCCAAAACAGGGGAUGACUGGAUGACCAUGCAGAACAAUGCUAAGUCAUCCAUUAAUAACUGGCAUACAAACUCCUCAAUGAACAGUGAGGCAAGGCCCAUAUAGGUCCAAAAUGACAUCUUUGCUUAACCCUACUGCUUCUUCCUACAACUCUGGGCAUCAACAAAAUGAACUAGUAGAAAAAUGUAAGUCAAAAUCAUACUGAGACCUCAUUUCAUGCUUCCUAGGAUAGCUACAAACACCAAGACAGCAAUAAGCUUUAGUUGCACAUGUGGAGGAAAUACUCUCUAGCACUUCCUGGUAUCAGGGGGAAAUUUUACGGCUACUUUGCAAAACAAUCCAGCAGUUCUUUGAAUGUAUACACAGAUACAGCAUAUAACACAGAAAUCACUCCCACGAAUAUACCCAAAAGAAAUGAACACAUAUCCACACAUUUACACACACAUUUACAGCAGUGUUAGCGCUAAGUCAAUAAGUAGCAACAAUCCAAAUGUCCAUCAGUGGAUGAGUGAAUGAAUGUGAUAGACCUACAAUUUUCAGUCACAAAAAUGAAUGAAGCCAAGGGUGGUUACUCAUGCCUUUAAUCCAAGCAUUCAGAAGGCAGAAGCAGGCUGAUCUCUGUGAGUUCAAUGCCAGCCUGGUCUAUAUAGCAAGUUCCAGGUCAGCAAGAACUAUGAAGUAAGACCUAUCUCAAAAAAAUUUAAGGAUUCAUACAUGCUACAACAUGGAACCAGUUGCCUAAAUUAUCUUUUACUUAGGCAAUCACUUUCAAACCAGGCUGCACAUUAAAGUCACUUGAGAAACAUUUAACUCCCUUGGAAUCUUUGGCAGUGGGCACCUGGAUUGCUGUUUAAUAUCUAUUAGUCUACUGUAGGUGAUAUCUGAGGUCCCUUACAGACCCUAGGAACUGGAUAAAAUCUAUGAAAAGUGGAUCACCAAUACCUCUACUUCUGAAGCUGAGGCAGUAACAGAACCAAGCCCAAUGGAGAAGUUAUUCAGAAUGAAUCUUCCAAUGGUUCUUUACACUAAGCUGCUUCUUCUCCAAUGAAUCAUCACAUCUUUCCUCAAGACUGAAUGAAGAUAUUCCUAGUAGUAACAAACUAUAGCUAAAGGGAUAGAUAGGGUCUAUCUGGUUGUGUCUGUGUGUUGGGUUGCUUUGGUGACAAGUCACUCUAUUUUGUAGGAAAGUACAUAUUACCACAAAACUGUCAUUGGAGCUCAGGGUAGCCAGCCUCUCCUCUGUGGCAUUUACAAGUUAGGCUGGGUUGAAGGAUACAAUGGAAUUCCAACAGUCACAGACUUUCUAUUUAUCAGCAGCUGUACGACAAACUGACUUAAUUCACAAUCGAUGUGAUUUGUCAUUUAUUUUUGUUCCUUAAUAUUUAAGAAGCAAGCUGAAUCAUGUUCCGACUUUUGACUGCCUGCUGGUCUCGUCAAAAGGUCACAGAAGUAAAACAAAGGAAUGUGACUAUCAUUGUCGUUGGCUUGGACAACUCAGGCAAAAGUCAUCUUAUGGAGGUCUUUCAAAGAUUAAUUCCUAGCAAGAUACACAGUGAUAUGAAACCACCACAGAUUACACUUCUACUAGAUGAUUAUCAAGUAUCUCUUUAUGACCUGACUGGAGACCUAAAAGGCCGAGAAAAAUGGCCAAGCUACUAUGCUGAGGCACAUGGGCUUGUUUUCGUCGUGGACUCUAGUGACAUAUCACGCAUACAGGAAGUGAAGAUCAUCUUAACACGCCUGAUGUUUGAUAAAAGGGUAUCCGGAAAGCCCAUCUUAAUCCUGGCAAACAAACAAGACAAGAAGGAUGCCCUCUUGCCUUGUGAUAUCAUUGAAUAUCUACUUCUGGAAAGGCUAGUGAAUGAGACAAAGUCCAUGUGCCGAGUGGAGCCAUGUUCAACCAUGAAAAACCUCCCAAAGAGGCAUCAACAGCCAAUAAUUAUAGGGCUGCGCUGGCUAUUAGCUGCUAUUGGUGAUAAACACAAUGAGCUGUAUACUCGACAACACACACCCAGUAUGAGCAUCUCAACCUCCAAGAACAUCAGAGGCUGUGGGGAAAGAUGCUCAUCAGACAGCUUCGCGAACAGAGUGGGAAUGCUCAGAGACAACAGACAGCAUUUUGAGAAAAGACAACACCUGGAGCAUAGACAGCAUGUGGAGCAAAGACACUUUGAGAAAAGACAGCAUUUUGAAUCAAGACAGCAUUUAAUACAGCGCUCACUGGACGCUAGGCCCCUAAAGCCAAUCCUACAGAAAGAUGGUCUGCGAAUAAGGCCCAAAAAGAAUAUGUCAGUAACAUUUGCUCUGGACAUCAUCAUGGAGGAAGGUGAAUGUUCUCGGAAGACUGGAGCUCAGAGUAUCACUAAGCCUUGCAACAGUAAAUGUUACGAUAUGCAGACUCCAGCUCCAUCUCUCGAGGGCAAUCUUUUCAAAGCUCGUAGGCCAAAAAAGAGAGUAGAUAACUGGAACACUGAAGAAAUGUUAUUGGAAGAUCCGUGUAGCAAAGCCUUCCGUUCCUGCGUAAAUGGGCACAUCUCCAGAAGCAGCAGGAACGCUCAGUCUUUGACUUUUAUUGGAUAAUGUCUCUACAGCCCACGUACAAGUUCACCUAUUCUAACAUCACACCCUUGAGAACCAUUGUUUCUCCAUACCAGUGUGCUAGCCAGCAAAUGCAUCCUAUACUCACGGGGAGGCUCAGGAAGUUAGGUGUCGUCCACCUCACCAAAGAAGAGCAGCAACUUCCCAAACGUACUGAGAUGCUCCUGAAAAAGCUUACAGAUAAGAUGUUGUGAACAACUGAAAUUGAGCCUUAGAAGAACAGGGUUACUUUAGAAUCACACGUUCCUCUUUAAGGUUCUCAGGUAUAAAGGGACUGGCAAAAUAAAUAAGAAUGAUGUUCUACUCAAUUGUUUUGUUUUGUUUUUCCCCACACCUCCAAAAACAGGUAUGCUUUAAAUACCUAGCUACUGUCUGGGAAACCAUGUUGCUUUGCUAGCCUUUCAGGAACAGUAACUGCCCCCUCUUAACACAUGCAUAGAUUCCCCCCCUCCACUCCCAGCAGGCUGUGGUUGGGACGGUAGUGCUCCCUUCCUGUUAUUGUUGUUCUCACCUUCAUCAUGGACCCCAUUUAUCAGGUGCUUUCUGGAUACCUGGCAGAGUGCUAAGUUGUUCCGAUCUAUUGUCCUAUUGGCAACCUUCCUGGGCAGGCAUUAUACCUGGCAUCAUUUCCCAAAUGAGGAUACUGUAGAAGGCAGAGCAAGGAAUGGAAUCCAAACUUGCCUAGCUAAAGCUACCUUGGGCCAGAGAGAUCCACACAUGACUUUCCCUAACUCCCCCUAGAAAGAGAAAGCUACAGCCAGGAAAUAAUGCUGCAGUGUAGCCAUGCCUCUGUGAGGAGAAUUCCGUUAGCAGCCCGAAGGGCACCCACCGUGCUAGCAGGCAUAGCUGACUGAGCACUUCCACUUGGUCAGAUGCUGGCCUGCUUUACGUAUAUUACUGCCUUCAUCGUCCUCUCACAGGGGCAGAGACGGAUGUUCAGAGAGGUUACAUAAUCGGCCCCUGGGCACCCGCCAGGAGGGAGCAGAACCAGUUUGGGGUUUUUGUUUGUUUUGUUGUUGUUGUUGUUUGUCUUUCAAGACAGGGUUUUUCUCUGGGUAGACCAGGCUGGCCUUGAACUCCAGAGAUUCGCCUGCCUCUGCCUCCCAAGUGCUGGGAUUAAAGGUGUGUGCCACUAGCUAGCAGAACGAAUUUUUAAACUAAAGUCCAAGUCCACAGGGGCUAUAAAGAUGACUCGGCAGAUAAGAGUACUGGAUGAGCAAGCAUAGGGACCUGAGUUUGGAUCCCAGCACUCAUGUAAAAAAGCAGAAUGUGAACGCACGUGCAUGUACCUGUAAUCCCUGAACUUUAAGGGGCAGACAGGAGGACCACUGAGGCUUGUUGGCCGCUUGCAUAGCUCCAGGUUCAGUGAGAGACAGUCUAAAGAGUAAUGCAGAGCAAGUCUCCAGGCAUCUUCUUCUGGCAUCUGUAUGUAUGAACCGCCCCCCCCCCCCCCCGCGCCCCCGCGCUCCACAUACAUGCACGUGCACCACAGAUAAAUAUACCACAUACAUACUCAUGCACAUAAAUAAAAAAAAAUCCAACUCCAUAAUCCAUGCUCUUUACUCUAGAUUGCUUUGCCAAGCAGUAUAAGGCAGUCAACCCACUGUUUGACAGAUACAAACCUUUCAACUAAACACUUCUUAAAACCCUGCAUGAAAGAGGUUUCUCCUCCUCCUCGCUUCUUUUUCUUUCUUCUUCCUCCUCCUCCAUCUCUCUGUGUAGUCCUGGCUGUCCUGAACUCUCCAUGUAGACCAUGCUGGCCUCAAACUCACAGAAAUCCACCUGUCUCUGCCUUCGAGGGUGCUGGGAUUAAAGGGGCAUGCCACUCCAAGCAGCACCAAGGCUACUUUAUUAUAUCCAAAGGAACCACUUUAAAUGCUUUAUGGGCCUCUGAUUCGCUUGUAAGCUCAGCUUAUUAGUUGUGGCACCGGAAAGAACUUUACAGAACCUCUAGUCAAACCCAGGUUAUACAGAUGCCCAAGAUAGUAUGACUAGAUCCUGGCAGAAAUGUUCCCUAAAUCUGCAUCGCCUGGGUGUCCACGCCUGCAUCCUCCCCAGGCCAUUUUAAUCUCACUCUAUCUACUUUACUUUACCUGUGAGAGAAUUCUGCAGUCCAACAGUCUCAGCCGGGGAAGCAGCCAAUGUGUCUACUAAAGAAGUUUUAGGGCUGGGGCUGCACAGCGGUAGAGCACUAGCCUAGCAUGCACAAGGCCACAGGCUUGAUCCUCAGCACAAAAGACAGGAGACUGCAAUUCGAUAAACCAUGGUUUUUUUGUUUUUGUUUUGGUUUUUGGUUUUUGGUUUUGUUUUGUUUUUUUUUCCGGAGCUGAGGACCGAACCCAGGGCCUUGUGCUUGCUAGGCAAGAACUCUACCACUGAGCUAAAUCCCCAACCCCUUGUUUGUUUUUUAUGGUUUUUCAAGACAGGGUUUCUCUAUGUAGUUAAGGUCCUCCUGGAACUAACUCCAUAGACCAGGGUGGCCUUGAACCGGCCUCCUGAGUGCUGGGAUUAAAGGUGUAUGCCACCACCGCCCAGCCAAUAAAACCACUUUUUUUUUAAAGAGAAUUGAUCAUCCACACACAUUUUCCUUCAUGGCAUGUGUCUAUUGGACAAGACUAUUUUCUUAGCCAUCAGAGAAAGGUAUGGUAAGUAGGCCUGUGAAUAUGAGCAAGGUAGAGAAUUGAGGUUGAACACCUGCUAACAGAAGUGAAUUUCAACUGGGGGAUGAAGCACAGUGGGCAGAGUGCUUGCCCAGCACACGGAACCCUGGGUUCUAUCCCCAGUGCCACAUAAAUGGCACAUGGUAGUGUAUACCUAUACUGCCAGAAUUAGGAGGUAGAGGCAGGUGGAUUCACCAUAAAGCAAGUCUAAGGUUAUCCUGGGAUACAAGAGACCUUUUUCCAAAGAAGAAAAAAAUCCUGAAUUACAGUACACUGUCACACUUCCCUUUGUGCAAUGGCUGCGUUUCUGAGUGACAACAUUUUUUUUCCUAAGGAGAAGCUAAAGUGGGGUGGGGUUUUUUGUACAUUUAUUUGUGUGCAUAUGUGUGUGUGUAUGUUGGUCUUGAACUCAUGAUCCUCUUUCAUCCUGGGGUUACAGGCACAUACCAACUCAUGCAGGUUUUGUUCAGGAAGUUUUCUUUUCUUAAUAAACCUUUCCUUUAUUUAUUUAUUUGUUGGUUUUUCCAUUUCUUUCCUUAUUUAGAGAACAUUGCUACCGAUGCAUGUGGAAGCCAUAGGACAGCUUGCAGAAGUCAGUUCCCUCCUUUAGUUGCAUGGGUUGUGGGGAUUAAAUUCCAGUUGUCCAGCUUAGCAGCAAAUGCUUUGACCUGCUGAGCUGUCUCACUGUGAAGGGCUCUGGUAGGCCCGAGCAUGGCAAACAUGGCUCUGGCAGACCUUGCCCUCCCCUGUUCCUUCCUCCUUGCUAAACCAUAGAGAACAUUCCUAAAGCUAGCCACCAAGGUCCCUUAUUUGGCCACUAUCUCCUCCUGAGGCUGACCACCAAGGUCCAGCUAUUGAAGUACUAAAGUCCAGCAAUCAAGAGCCCCCUUUGAUUAGGGAUGUUGAGCAAUUCCUUAAAUGUCUUUCAGCCAUUUGAGCUUCCUCUGUUGAGAAUUCUCUGUUUAGUUCUAUAGCCCAUUUCUUAAUUGGGACUGUUGGGCAUUUUGAUGUCUAAUUUCUUGAGUUCUUUAUAUAUUCUGGAUAUCAGUCCUCUGUCAGAUGUGGGGUUGGUGAAGACCUUUUCCCAAUCAAAACGACUCUGAGAUACCACCUUACACCUGUCAGAAUGGCUAAGAUCAAAAACACUGAAGACAGGCUAUGCUAGAGAGGAUGUAGAGCUAGGGGAACUCUCCUCCACUGCUGGUGGGAAUGCAAGCUUGUACAACCACUUUGGAAAUCAAUAUGGUGCUUUCUUAGAAAAUUGGGAAUCAAUCUCCCCCAAGAUCCAGCUAUAGCACUCUUGGGCAUAUACCCAAGGUACGCUCAAUCAUACCACAUGGGGACUUGCUCAGCUAUGUUCAUAUCAGCAUUGUUUGUAAUAGCCAGAACAUGGAAACAACCUAGAUGCCCUUCAACUGAAGAAUGGAUAAAUAAAAUGUGGUACAUAUACACAAUGGAAUAUUACUCAGCAGAGAAAAACAAUGACAUCAUGAGGUUUUCAGACAAAUAGAUGGAUCUAGAAAAAAUCAUCCUGAGUGAGGUAACCCAGACUCAGAAAAACAAACAUGGUAUGUACUCACUCCUAGGAGGAUACUAGAUGUAAAACAAAGAUGACUAGACUGCUACUCAACUCCAGGGAGGUUACCUAGAAAACAGGACCCCAAGAAAGGCACAGGGAUUGCCCAAUGACAGAGAAAUGGAUGAGAUCUACAUGAACAGCCUGGACAUGAGAGGGGUUAAUGAAGGGCGAGGGUCGAGGGAAAGAGAGCUUAGGGGAGCGGGAGAUCCCAGCUGGAUCAAGAACAGAGAGAGAGAACAAGGAAUAGGAGACCAGGAUAAAUGAAGACCACAUGAGAAUAGGAAGAAGCAAAGUGCUAGAGAGGCCCACAGAAAUCCACAAAGAUACCCCCACAAUAGACUGCUGGCAAUGGUCGAGAGACAGCCCGAACUGACCUACUCUGGUGAUGGGAUGGCCAAACACCCUAAUUGUGCUAGAAACCUCAUCCAAUAACUGAGGGAAAUGGAUGCAGAAAUCCACGGCCAGGCCCCAGGUGGAGCUCCAGGAGUCCAAUUGGCGAGAAAGAGGAGGGUUUGUAUGAGCGUGAAUUGUUGAGAGCAAGAUUGGAAAAAGCACAGGGACAAAUAGCCAAACUAGUGGAAACACAUGAACUAUGAACCAAUAGAUGAGGAGCCCCCAACUGGAUCAGGCCCUCUGGAUAAGUGAGACAGUUGAUUAACUUGAUCUGUUUGGGAGGCACCCAGGCAGUGGGACUGGGACCUGUCCUUAGUGCAUGAGUUGGCUGUUCGGAACCUGGGGCUUAUUUAUACAGGGACACUUAGCUCAGCCUGGGAGGAGGGGACUGGACCUGCCUGGACUGAGUCUACCAGGUUGAACUCAAUCCCCAGGGGAGUCUUUGCCCUGGAGGAGAUGGGAAUGGGGGGUGGG